ACCUGCGCCGGAGGAGUACAUAUGCACCUGCAGAGCAUCGCUGCUUCAGUUUCAAACCGGCACACAACCGGACUAAUUCAGCACGCAACCGGACUAUUUCAACAUGGAGGCGCAGCGAUACCCCAUCAGUGUCCGUGUGAUUGGGGUGAUGCACAAGGAGAAGAGCAAAAUGUACAUGACCUCCGUGCUCUGGUCGGACCAGAAUGAUAUUGUAGUUUACAGAUCUUUUCGGGAUUUCAAGAAAAUGCACAGACAAAUGAAGAAGGCGUUCCCACCUGCAAGCAAACUGAAAAAAUCCGACAGAAUCAUCCCCAGAUUUCGAGACAAGAAGAUGAAGCGCCGCUCCCAGAAGAAGGGCCCCACCAAGUCACUUGUGCGUCUCAAGUUCCUGCAGAAAUAUUGCAACGACCUUCUGAGCUGCGACCCGCGCGUCUGUCAAUCUGCAGACCUCAUCCAGUUCUUCCACCCCAAAGACCAGGACCUGCAGCCGGAGUUCUCCAGGAACAGCAUCAUGAUCAUACCAUCAGAGGAGGAGAUGAGAGCCGAGGGAGGACAGGCCACUGGUGGUAACAUCACUCAGCCGUUUGUCUCGGAGACGUACAGAUGCGUGGCACCAUACGAGGCCAAAGACACCAAGAACAAACCUUUCAAGGUGGCCGUGGAUGAAAAAGUAGACGUACUGAUCAAAGACAAAGCAGGGUGGUGGCUUGUGGAGAACGAAGAAAAGCGGAUGGCUUGGUUCCCUGCACCCUACCUGGAGAAGUUCGAUGAUGACUCCGAUGAGGAUGACAGAGACGGGACUCCUGAAAGAGGAAUGCUGUACACUGCAGUCAAGAGCUACAAGGCCACCAAAGAUGAUGAGAUAACCGUAGCCAUCGGUGCUGUGGUGGAAGUCCUGCAGAUGUCUGAGAACGGCUGGUGGCUCAUCAGGUACAAUGGCAAAACAGGUUACAUCCCUACCAUGUACCUGCAGCCCUACAACUACCCUCAUAUCCGUAUGACAGCCAACCAUCAAGAUCAUCGUGCUUCUUUCCCGAACCUGGAACAGCAGUCGCACCAUCUCAGCCGCUCACAAGGAAACCUGCUGCAGCUCCCACCUGUCAGGUCUUCUUCACCCAACCUGCUCCACCCAGAAAACAGGCAGAGAUCACAUUCUCUUAACGUCCUGUCCGAACAACCUCCUUCUCAGCCCGCAGUCAGAAACACUCCCUCUCCUGCCAACGUUCCCACCACACCUACCUCUUCAACGCAUGCACCUCCACCCACAAUCACCGUGCAGAUGGACGGAGACGAGGCACACGGCAGGAGCCUGAGUAUGGAUAGUGAGGGAAGCUUUACGAGCGACAGCAGCUUCAGCUUCAGCGACGACCUCAGUUCCUCCUCAGCUAGCUUGGCCCUCAACCUGAGCCACAGCCUCAAUGAACAGCAGCUGCGUCUCAGCCGUACGCCUCCACCCACGGUGUGCAACCGCCUGAGCCCAACAAGCGGCCUCGAGGGGAAAAUGACCCCCAGCGUCUCUGAUCCCAACCUCUACAAGGGCCCAACAACGCCUAAGGUGCCACCCAGACCACGCACCCAGGAGAUCCUCACCCGGUGUACCACUGUGACCCGUAAGAAUGCAACCAGAGCUGCUCUGUCGCCCACACAAGCUGAGAUACUGAGUCGCUGAAGUUCCCAUUGACGGCAAGGUUACCUUUUAUUUGUAUUACUCAAGAACCUCAUGUUUGCUGUCGCUAACUACAACUGCUUGAUGUUUGACUUGAAAAAUCCAAAAUAUGGAGAUUGUGUACAGAAAUCUAAAUGUGUAUAAAGAGGAAAAAUUAAAAGGUCUUGCAUCAGAUGCAUUGAGUUGAGAAAAUUUCAUAGCUGUGAUUUUAUACCAAAUUCUUUGUUCCCCCAAGUGAAGUUGUAUUAAUAGAAAUGUGACUUGUCAGAGAAGGGAUUUGUCCAACGCAGAUGUUGUUUGCAUAAUCUUUGAAGAGAGAUUUCCCACAAAUAUGCUGAAAGCGUAGAAUGUACAGAAUGCCAGAUCGGCAAAAACAGUUUACUCAUAUCGAUUACUAAUCAUGAUGCACUAAACAUUCAUACUGCAUCUUCACCAUCUGUUUUCAACAAUCAGUUAUUUUCCAUACUGGAAACCUUGUGUUGUGCCUUAUAUGCAUUUUGACUGCGCUCGUUGCACAGACUGAUUUCUUCUUGUGACUCCAGCAAAAGCUAAUGUCUGUCUGAAGCGCUAGUGUGUGCAGGCUGGUGUGUUUCCUGCUAAAGCAUGUUUACAGCCAAGUCAACUUGAAGAACGAGAUGUGUGUAAAUUAACUCUGAACAUACACUCCAGCAUAUGCCCGUGUAAAAUCUAUCUGUAUUCAUGUGUUGCAGAAGAGCUUGAGAAAAAUAAAAGCAUUUUUAGGAACU